UCAAAAAUUAUGAAGUAAGACGGGGCGUCGAUAGUUGCAUUCUGUCCGUAAUUUUCAAAUUAGAAAAUGUAAUUAUACUAAAACAGAUAAACAAAUACGAUGGACGAACACGAAUUCUUCCGACAGACGGUCCAGCAUCUUGCCCGCUGUUUAUCUUGCUUGAAUCCAACACCAUGGGAGAAGGUGAACACACUAUUCAUGCUGUGCCCACAAGCAAGUGCCAAUCUACUAGUAACAUCUCGCAGUCAAGAGGCAACCAUUGCACUCGGCUUAUACUUUCUGCAGAGUGGGCUACAACAUCAGGAUAAACUGCUACCAUACUUCCUGAAGAUCCUUAAGUGUCUAACUAAUGCACAAUAUGAAGAACCAUUGUGCAGAAUUAAGUUUGCUGACCGUAUACCAAUGGCAGAAAAAUUUAGUUUCUGCCUUAAUACAUUACUUUCCGAUGUCGCUUCAAAGCAGGCUUCUCUUCGCGAAGAGAUCAUCACAGCACAAAUAGAAUUAAUGUCCAACCUCACUAAAAUCAUAAUCAGUUGUCACGAAACCAAGGAUUAUCAGAACACAGUGUCUAAGCUUCAACUCUGCAAGAGUACCAUACCAACACUGAUUGGUUUAGCCCGAUCUAUGGGCAGAUAUGCGACUGUGGACCCACCCUUACUUUGCAGACUGUUCCCUCAACCACCAAGUCCAGUAAAAUCUAAAGAACCUGAACCUAACUUCGAGUAUUCCACAUUAGAUAAGAAAAGGAAAUUUAAUCAAUUCAGACCGAUCAUACCAAGGUCUUUAUCUGGCAAUUUGAAUCCAAACAAUGAAGGUAUUAUGGAAAAUGGUACGGACGCAUCUGAUAGUACUGGUGGCACAUUGAAACGUGGUUCUUUACAUAGCUAUAGCUCAGUACCAUAUGAUCCUACAACUUACUUCUUUCAUAAGUUUGGUUCGAGCUUCAACCAGUUCCCUUAUAUGAGGUUUUCUGAAUCACCGGAGAAGAGAAUCAAUGUUCAAUUCUAUGUGACUUAUCUACAAUCGAUUCUGUCACUUGCUAAGAAGCUGUUGACCAAAGAUUUAUUGGCGUUUUUGGAUGAAGAAGCUGAGGAUAUUCAUGCAUCUGGACAAAUUCAGGUGUUUCCAUAUAAAUCUUUUUCUGAAACACUAAAUUUGGUCAUGGUGACAUUGCUAAGGGAGAUUUUACAACAUCAGAAAGACUUACCAGGCCCAUUUACCAAAGAUGUCCAGGAAUUCGUGAAAUGUUUAUUCCUGAGUGGUCAAACUGAGCUACAGAGUCGACACCACGAUGCUUCAGAGAAAGAAGACCGAGAGACGAACUUCGCGACCGUGAAUAAGUUUAAAGUAAAUGUGAUGGCUAACUCCGCUUGUGUCGACUUACUCGUCUGGGCUAUAGGAGAUGAAACAGGUGCGGAUUCUCUUUGCGGUCGUUUAACUGAGAAGAUAAAUUCAAAUCAUAACCAUAAGUUGAUAUUAGCUCAUAUGCCGUUACUGAUGGUGUGUUUAGAGGGAUUGGGUAAACUAGCAACCAAGUUCCCAUCUAUAGCGAACACGUCGAUAUAUUGCUUGAGAGAUUUUCUUGUAACUCCUUCGCCGAUAUUAUUCAAACUACACAAGCUGGAGUUGGAGAAAACUGGCAAAGAGCAUAUGAAAGUUACAUUGCAAGGCAAAGAGUUGCAAGGUACGGCGGCGCGCGGCGUGCCGGUGAAGUCGACGCCGUUCGAGAAGCUGCGCGACGCCGCCAUAGAGAACCUGUGCGUGGCGCUGGAGGCCGCGCUCUCUGCCGACCCCUACUGCGUACCGGCGCUCGUCGGCUCCGUCAGUAACAGGCUCUUCACUGCUGAGACUAGUGAUAGUGAGUCUUCGUUAAUAAGCACAAACAUCGUGAUAAUGCUGGGCCACGUGUCAGUCGCGUUGAAGGACACGCCCAAGACAACGGACACCAUCUUACAAUUCUUCCAGCAGAGGUUGUGCCGUGCCCCGUCAUCCUUGGACACGCUGAUAGUGGACCAGCUGGGCUGCAUGGCGCUGGCCAGCCCCGAGGGUCCGGCGCACGAUGAGAUCAUGAGGAUGUUCACCGUCAUCACCGUGGAGGCGGCCAGCGCUGCGUACCAUCAUACUGAUGAUAGGAAACAGUAUAGACACGUGUCGGGCGCCGUGCUGAACGCGCUGGCGAACGUGGCGGCGAAUGCGCGCGGCGCGGGCGCGCGGCUGGAGCUGCUGACGCGGCUGCUGGAGCUGUUCGUGCAGCUGGGGCUGGGCGGCGAGCGCGCCACCGACCGCGCGCCCGCGCCCGUGCUCAAGGCCUCCGCCAGCGCCGGCAACCUCGGCGUGCUCGUGCCGGUCAUUGCGGUCCUAGUCAAAAGACUACCUCCAAUAAAGAACCCAAAACCGAGACUUCACAAGCUAUUCAAAGAUUUCUGGCUGUACUGCGUCGUUAUGGGAUUCACCGCGGCCGAAUCAGGUCUAUGGCCACAAGAGUGGUACGCGGGUGUGAAAGAGAUAGCAGUCAAAUCGCCCUUCCUUGUCUCGCAAACGUCAUUGCGUUCGGAAAUGCGCGAACUUCAGUACACUUCAGCUGUCAGGAAUGAUUCUGUCUCGCUCACUGAGCUGCAGGAGCUGAAGACGCAGAUCCUCAACCUGUUAGAUCAUCCGCCAGAUGUCACUGUCAAUGUCAAUAAGUUGACAUUUGCACCCUGCAUGUAUUUACUGAGCGUUUAUUGGUUGGAGACUUUGAGGGUGUGUAACUCCCCAGAGCCAAGUUUACAACCGAUUAUAGAAUAUUUGAGUGAUACAGCUUUGCAGAAGGACAAGAGUGGUAUGUGGCAAUGUGUUGCAAGCGUUGGAGACAAAGUAUUCCAGAAGUUUCUAGACGUGAUGUCUGACAAAGUGAAGGACGAGUGCCGCGAGCGCGAGCUGGAGAGCCACGCGCAGUUCCUGCUCGUCAACUUCAACCACAUUCACAAGCAGAUACGAAGAGUUGCUGACAAAUGGCUGGCGGGGCUCGUUGACCGCUUCCCACAUCUACUGUGGAACUGUCGAGUGCUAUGGUCAAUGCUGGAUAUUCUGCAAGUGCUAAGUUUCAGUCUGGAACUAGACGCUAAUCAGGAAACACCUUUACUUAAAGUCCCCGGUACUGACUUCACUCUGCAGCUACAAGACACUUUAGAAGGGAGAGAGGGAAUAGUAAAAGAUUUCGCGGAUCGUUGUCACGGUAUAGUGCAAGAGGCUAUGAAAUGGGCCCCACAAUCGACCAGAUCGCAUUUGCAAGAAUAUCUCAAUCAGGUGCCGAACUCAACAUUAUGGCACCAUUGCGGGCUGGCACUAGCGACAGGUGCGCUACUUGGUGCCGCGGGGCUAAACCGCGCGUCGGCACCUUUGCCCCGCGCCGCGUUAGACAAGCGCCCGCCUUGCGUCACACACGACUCCGCGGCAUUACUGGCUGUGGUGUCACAACGCAGUAGAUAUGCUGGUGAGGUGGCGGGCGCGGUGCACGCGGAGGGCGGGGGCGAGGCGGCGGUGUGGCGUGUGGGGGCGAAGCUGCACUCCGCGCUGCGCGACGCCUGCACGAGUGGCAGCGAGACUGCGCACCGUGCGGCAUUGUGGCGAGCCACCGCACUGCUCGUGCACGCAAGACACACUACAUCCGCGCACGCGCAGUCCUCGCCUACUGCGCGCACUUUGCUACAUAGUGUCGCAUGGUCUCAAGUGGACAUCUUCACGGAGGACGCGGUGACGACGGCGGUGGAAUGCUGGCAGUGGCUGACGACGGCGCGGCCGGACCUGGAGCUGCGGCUGCUGCAGGAGAUCUUCGCCGCGUGGCAGUGCACUGUGGACAGGAAGAUGGGACUCUUCUCCAAGCAGCAUGAUGAGAUCAGCCCCUUAGCAGCGUAUGAAGGUUCGAAGUUGGAGCCGCGCCCGCCGUUCGUAGCGCCUCAUGCGGUGUGGGUGCGCUACCUGUGCGAGGUGGCUGAUACUGCUAAGUACAACAGCCUGGAGAAGGUGGAAAUGCUCGCUAGCUUGCUACACAGGUCACUACCAAUUACUGUUGGAGAUAUUCGAGAUCACAUCAACAGGCAUGUAGAAGCGGCUGGAGUUAGAUUCAAACUGUUAUCCUGUGGCCUGUCAUUACUACAAGGGGAUAUUCUUCCUCGCUCGUUAGCACGUAAUAUACUACGAGAGCGAGUGUACAGCGUCUGCUUGGACUACUUCUGCAGAGGUCUGCAAUGCCCCGCUAAAAGUUCAGGCGCUCUCAGAGAGGAUAUCAUGUCGUUGAUUAAGUUCUGGCAAUUAAUGCACUCGGAUAAGAAGUAUUUGAAAAGCAGUGAUAUUGGUGAAUUCGACACAAUGGGUCCGAGUAGCCAACAGAGUAUCUACACGUCGAACUCGCCGACAGACAACCGCUCCUCCAUCAACAGCAGCGACAUCGGCAGCCGACAGACCACGGGCUGGAUUAAUACGGUGCCGAUGUCAACGACGACGCUGAGCAGCGGCGCGGGCAGCGCGGCCGGCAAGCGCUCCAACCGCAGCGUGAAGCCGCUCCUGAAGACACAGGACACCUUCGUUAAAGACUACGUUAGAAAGAGGAACUUGAUACUGGAACUUAUGGCUGUGGAGAUAGAGCUGCUGGUGACGUGGCACAACCCGCACGCGCGGCCUGAGCAGGCGGUGUCGGGCGAGGACAACAUCGCCACGUGGCGCUCCAAGCCCAACACGGAGCGCACCUGGCGCGACUACGCCAAGCACGCCUGGGACAUCAGCCCCGCGCUCGCCGUCUUCCUGCCGGAGAGGUUGAAAAAUGAAGCAAUAGUGAAGGAGAUCAGACGGAAAGUACAGUCGCAGCCGACGGCUGUGUGCCACAUUCCGCAGGCGCUCAAAUAUCUCGUCACUACGGAGACGUUGCUCAGCGAUGCUCAUGAGCUGGUGCAGAUGGUGACGUGGGCGCGCGUGAGCCCGGUGGAGGCGCUGGCGUACUUCAGCCGGCAGUACCCGCCGCACCCGCUGUCGGCGCAGGCGGCCGUCAACGCGCUCACCUCCUACCCCUCCUCCGCCGUGCUGCUCUACAUCCCGCAGCUGGUGCAGGCGCUGCGCCACGACACGAUGGGGUACGUGGCGGAGCUGAUCAAGUCGUUGGCCAAGAAGUCCCAGGUGGUGGCGCAUCAGCUCAUCUGGAACAUGCACACCAACAUGUACACCGACGAGGAGAUGCACCAUAAAGACAUGGCUCUCUACGAUAUUCUAGAAUCUCUAACAAAGAGUAUAGUGGACACUCUGUCGGGGCCAGCUAAGGCUUUCUACGAACGAGAAUUUGACUUCUUCAGUCAAAUCACCAAUAUUAGUGGUAUUAUACGACCUUAUCCUAAAGGUGCUGAACGAAAACGGGCAUGUUUGGAAGCCCUUAAAAAUGUCAAGGUUCAACCAGGAUGUUAUCUACCAUCGAAUCCAGAUUCUAUGGUUAUUGAUAUAGACUACAAAAGCGGUACUCCGAUGCAGAGCGCGGCGAAGGCGCCGUACCUGGCGCGGUUCCGCGUGCGCAAGUACGGCAUUGCAGACAUGGAGGCCGUCGCCAUGGCCAUCGCCAGCGGGGAGGAGCCCCCCACUGAGGAGGGCAAGGAUCGUUUCACAUGUAUAGCGGCGGAGACGUGGCAGGCGGCCAUCUUCAAGGUGGGCGACGACGUGCGCCAGGACAUGCUGGCGCUGCAGGUCAUCUCGCUCUUCAAGAACAUCUUCCAGCAAGUCGGCCUCGACCUCUACCUCUUCCCGUACAAAGUGGUGGCUACCGCGCCCGGGUGCGGCGUGAUCGAGUGCGUGCCGAACGCGAAGUCGCGCGACCAGCUCGGCCGCCAGACUGACAUCGGCAUGUAUGAAUACUUCAUCAAGAAAUAUGGAGACGAGACCACCAGGGAAUUCCAGGCGGCUCGCAGGUGCUUCGUGACGUCAAUGGCGGCGUACAGCGUGAUCGGCUUCCUGUUGCAGAUCAAGGACCGGCACAAUGGCAACAUUAUGCUGGAUACUGACGGACAUAUUAUACAUAUAGAUUUCGGAUUCAUGUUCGAGUCGUCGCCUGGUGGUAAUCUGGGCUUCGAGCCCGACAUCAAGCUGACGGAUGAGAUGGUGAUGGUGAUGGGCGGCAAGAUGGAGGCCCCGCCCUUCCGCUGGUUCUGCGAGCUCUGCGUGCAGGCCUUUCUCGCUGUCAGACCGUAUCAAGAAGCGAUAAUAUCUAUGGUAUCACUUAUGCUCGACACCGGAUUGCCCUGCUUCCGAGGUCAGACUAUCCGUCUCCUUCGCUCUCGUUUCGCUCCCAAUUCAACAGAGAAGGAGGCGGCGGCGUACAUGCUCUCUGUCAUACGAAAUUCCUUCCUUAACUUUAGAACAAGGACGUAUGACAUGAUACAGUAUUAUCAAAACCAAAUACCAUAUUAAAAGGAACCCUAUUCUUAUAAAAAUAGAGUUGAAAAUACAAAGCGAAGAAAGUUCCAGAACAAAUGAUACGUGACUUUUUGAAACAAAUGCUGCAGUAAAACUAAUCUUAAUUCGUGAGAAAUAGAGUCGAAAGUCUUUUAAUACCCAAAGGAAAAUCAAUAUACAGUAUUUUAAAUACAAAUAAACCGGACUAAUAUGGACAUGGACAUGACACUUCAGGGAAGAUUAUAAAUUAACAACUUUUAAAAAUAUUGAAAUGAUCAAAUUAUAUACAAGUGGGCAAUGGAGUAUUUAAGGAAAUACUUUGUUACGACUUCCAAUAAUUUUAUUUAUCAAUAAAUAAUGUAAACAUGUACAAAUGUUUGUGGAAAUUAUGAGACAUCUCUCAAGAAGAUAUUUACAAUCUUUUGCCUCCCGCUGAGAUUUUCCAUCAGCUGUUUCCGUGUUAUUCCACAGAAAUAUUUUAAUUAACGAUAUCUCUUAUCUGCCAUUAUGGCUUAAUCUUUAUUUUCCUUAAUAAGAAUUAACAAUUCACUUACUGUAAUUAAAUAAUACUAAAAAUAACAGUGCAAGUGUACUAAGAAUUUAAUAAAAAAUAUUCACUAAAUGUAUGUAGUAACUUACAAACAAGAAUCAUUAUCAAGUUACAUUUAGAUGUGCAACACUAGAUGUGGCAUGGAAUACCUAAAUUAAGUAUGCAUUGGUAAAUUAUUUAUUACUACUUCGGGUUUUAAACUGCUUUUUCUACCAUAAAUCUGUUUCCUCACUCAUUUUUUCUAAUGUUGUAUACACAAAAAACUACUUAAUUGGUGCUAUCAUUUCGUAAAUACGCAGCCAUUGUUGUAGCUGGUCUUUCUCUAGCUUAAUAAGAUAGCUUGGCUUAUCCAGCUUGCUUUUUCUUUCAAAGUUCUUUGUGGAAUUGCCAACAUCCUAAACUUAAAAAAAAUGUUAUUGGCUGUUUCAAUUUUUUUUUAAAUACUAGAUUGCCCACUUACAUACAUUAUUCGAUUAUUACAUUUUACUUUAAUGGUGCAAUGUAUGUUAAUAUAGUUGAAAUAGAGAAGUUUACUUGUCCUGGUGGAUGGCUUGUUUAUUAGCAUGCUUCUAUUAUGCGUUGUUAAUUUUUAAUUAAUCAGGUAAAUAUGAAAAAUAGGCUUUUUAUUUUAGGUUAGAUGUCACAUUUUUACGGCGUAGUAAUUUUUUUAAAUCUAUGAUUAAUUUGAUCGAUAAUACAUCGAAAUUAUAUGCCUUAUUGAUGUUGCAAUAUGUAAAAAUUUAUUUGGAUUAUUUUAGUAUGUAAAUAUACUAAAAAUCAUACAAUCAUCACAAAAUGUUACAUGUUUUAUGUAUUUCUUUGCUGACUCAGACUUUUGCAGUUCUUUAUAUUUCAGCUGUUUUUUUUUUUUAUCCAAUUCAUUGAUUUAACUUAAACGAGCGUUUUAUGAAAUAAAACAUAUUUCAGUAUUAAAUUUUAUUAUCAUAUUUUCAUUUUAGCCAUUAUGCUUGCCAACUACAAACAAUAAAAAAGGCAAUCCCUAGAGUAUUGUGACAAAUGAAAAACAUUUGCUAUCUCUGUUCUAUAACAGGAAUGAGAGGGAUAAAAUAUGCUUCGGGUGGACACCCAAUGCAUUUACAUUCUUACAUAACUUAUAAAACGGUGUUUUUAUUAUUAGGAAGCCUAUUCUCUAUUAACAUCGUUAUUUAUAAUAAACGUUAAACUAUUUUUCAAGAAUUAUGUAAUUUUUUAUAAUUAAUAUUUAUAUUGGCAAUAUAAAUUAUGGCGUUUCAAUAUUCAUGAAUAUAGUUGAUUAAAUUAUCAGCUUGUACAAGUUGGGUAGAUAUAGAAUGUUACUUGGUGUUUGUAGUAUUUUGUACACAUGUUUCCUAAUGUUUAAAAAAUAUUAACAUAAAUUAUAUUAGUGAGUAGUUAAUUGUAUCAUAUCAAUAUAUAGUCAAUAUAUUCAAUAACAUAUUCAAGUAUUUAAAUAAAUUAAGUUACCUAUUUUUUACUGUUCCUUUGAUGUUGCUAGUAUUUAUAUUAGUUACUGUUAAGUUGUGCUGAUUUAUUGUUUUUUUAAAGAUUUUAAAACUUACAGAAAAAUGGGCAUUUCUCGUUGAGUCUUUUAGAUUCUAUCUAGAUUAAUCAAAGAAUUCCAUUCCGCUGAUAGAUUGCUGGUCGGCCCAACAGAAAACACAAUUAAAAUUAUCAAUUUGAAUUAGUAAUUAAAAAUAUCCAAACCAAACAUAACACAUUUUUAAGAGUUUGCAGUUGUAGUUCACUCACUUUUAAUUUACAAUCAUAGAUAGAAAUUAAAUUAUUUUAUUCAAUGUAAAUAUUC